AUGGGAUUAGAAUUGUCUGGAAGUUUUGCCCUGGGCAAUAUGGGCUGGGCCAAAUGCAAUGAUUUUUUUUAUAAUUCUGAGAGGUUACCAAAUGAAAUGUCAUGGCUUUACUUUGGUCAAUUAAAGGGAGGGAUUUUUUUUUUUUUUUAUGUGCCUUAUUUGUUUUUAUUUUUGAUUGAUUUGAGGAAAGCAGAAGUUUAUGCUGGGCUGAUAAAAGGAGAGAAAGCAGACCUCAUCCCUGUUUUUAGCUUUCUAAAUCAGCUAUGUAGGGGCAUACUGUCUUUAUCAAGUCAGGAAAACUUCAAGGGCUGGGUCAGAUACUACAUAUACAAUUUUGUCAUUUCAAAAAUUAAAGCACUGAGCACAAUGCUGUGCAUAGUAGGUGCUCAAUAA